AUGCGCACUUCGUCGCAGCUUCGCAGUCCCAGCAACCACAGCAAUAGCAAUGGCAACCACAGCAACCGUCUCAACGAUAGCAGCGGUGAGCUGUGCCGUCUGACCAACGAUAUGGAGAGUUUGCGCUGUGUGCUGAAGCUGAAACAGGCCGAUAUCCCGACGCUGUCCAAGCAGAACGCAGAGCUGCAGCGUGAGAACGACGAGCAACGCAGUUUGAGCAAUCGUGUCACUCUGCUGCACCGUCUGUAUCGCUCUGUUAAUCGCUUCGUUCUCAAUUACGAUCAGCUUUGCAUGUUGAUUUGUCAAAUAGCGGCAAUACUUAAUAAUCGUUCAUUGCUAUCAGUUUCAGAGAAUCCUGACGAUUUGGAUGCGCUAACUUCCGCUCAUCUACUGUUUGGUGGUCCUCCAACCCGUGUUACUCAGCUGCAGCAGGUCUUCUGGACUAGAUGGCGGGAGGAGUAUCUGACUCUUCUCCAGCAAAGAUCCAAGUGGCGUACUCCUGAUCGUCGUCUCCAAGUCAACGACGUGGUCUUGGUGAAGGACGAAAAUUUGCCUCCUCUUCGGUGGCCGCUAGCCCGUGUCAUGUCGCUUAUCCCUGGCAAGGACGGCGAGUGUCGAGUUGCCGAGCUAAAGACGACGUGUGGCAGCACCCGGAGAGCUAUAAACAAACUCUGUCUACUGCCCCUGAAGGAUGAUGUUGAAAGAUAG